UAGGUUUGCUUGCCUGCGAGCAAACGAUCAGUUCAUCUUGGACGUGAAAGGAGUUGGUCUUCCCAAUGAGAAACUACGGAGUUAUUUAGCCUUCUAGCCUUGCAUUUGGAAUAUUCCUUAUCCUGAAGAUACAUAGACACCAUGUCGUCUGGAAUUAUAGGCUGCAGAGAGUUCGUGGUGGGAGGAAAGUACCGCUUGGUACGGAAAAUAGGGAGUGGAAGUUUCGGUGAUAUUUACCUGGGGAUCAACAUCACCAAUGGAGAGGAGGUGGCCAUUAAGCUGGAGGCCAUGAAGGCACGGCAUCCCCAGCUUCUGUAUGAGAGCAAAGUCUACAAGAUCCUGCAAGGAGGUGUUGGCAUCCCACACAUCAGAUGGUUUGGUCAAGAGCAGCAAUACAACAUUUUGGUGAUGGAUCUACUCGGGCCAUCCUUAGAAGACCUUUUCAAUUUCUGCAGUCGUCGCUUCACCAUGAAGACAGUCCUCAUGUUAGCAGACCAGAUGAUCGGACGUAUAGAAUUCAUACACAACAAGAAUUUCAUUCACAGAGAUAUUAAGCCAGACAACUUCCUCAUGGGCAUUGGUCGUCACUGCAACAAAUUGUUCCUGAUUGACUUUGGACUGGCCAAGAAAUACCGAGACAAUCGUUCCCGUGCUCACAUACCUUACCGGGAGGACAAGAACCUUACAGGCACUGCUCGAUACGCUUCUAUCAAUGCUCACUUGGGUAUUGAGCAGAGCCGAAGAGAUGACAUGGAAAGCUUGGGGUAUGUGCUGAUGUAUUUCAACCGUGGAUCCCUGCCUUGGCAAGGUCUUAAAGCUGCCACCAAGAAGCAGAAAUAUGAAAAAAUCAGUGAGAAGAAAAUGUCUACCCCAGUUGAAUCUCUCUGCAAGGGUUUCCCAGCGGAGUUUGCAAUGUACCUCAACUACUGCCGAGGUUUGCGGUUUGAUGAAGCGCCAGAUUAUAUGUACUUGCGUCAACUCUUCCGCAUCCUGUUCCGCACACUCCAUCACCAAUAUGACUACACUUUUGACUGGACCAUGCUUAAGCAGAAGGCUGCAUCCACUGCAGCAGCAGUUUCUGGAACCACUCCCCAACCUGCAGCGACCCAAGGUACACAGAAACAACUCUGAGGUCUUGGAUGAAGGUGAUGGAAGAAGGAGGCCACUAGAAGUAUGAUAAUAAAGCUACUGGAUAAAUUUGUUGGUAGAAAGAAGCCCAAGGUGAUCCCCUUUCUUUACGUUGCAAGAGAACAAAGAAAUGGAGGACGUUCGCUUUAUUCAAUGGCCCAAAGCAGUGAUGGUGUGACGAGUGUGUUAAGUUGGUGAGCAGCAAGUUAAUGCCAUCUCAUCUCUGUUGCCCUGAUCAUCGCUGCUGAUGUCGCUUAUUGGCCACAAAUGCUGCUCAUGAUGGCCUUAGCUAUGGGCAUCAUAAUUUUCCUCUGACCUGUUUGAGAAUGAUUUAUUUGAUGAAUUUAUGUAAUUCUAUAUGAUGUCCGAUGAAUGUAGUAGAAUGAAUCCUCAUAGGUGAAGGGAAGAUAUGCUUUUAUAAUCUUCCUUGUGCUAAUCUUGCAGGCUAUGGAAAAGCCUGUGGAUGUAUUGGUUGUUUCAGAUUUUUAUUAAAAUAAAGGCAUAGGAAGCAAGCUGAAAAAUAAACUUUGAACUUGAAAGGGUCUACCUAGCUCCGUAGUUUUUCUCCACACGACCAGAAGUUCAUGUCGAAUUCAUUUCAUUUACAUUUAGCCAUAUCAUACCCAUAACUAAGAAAUAAAUUUCUCUUCGUGGCUACUGAGUUGAUAUUUCGAUGGAGUAAUUAAACUUGGCCCAACAAAAAAAAAAAUGAAUAAAGUAAAACUAAAAAAAAAAAUACAAUUUCUACUACAUAGGCAAGGGUUUACUUUAGUACAGUAGAGCUUAUUUUCAUUUUAUGUUUUUAAGAAGGGAGCUUCUUUGUGUGUAGAGAGUGAACCUCAUCAAGGGUGAAUGCUAGGAUUAGACAAUGGAGAAACAAGCACGCACUGAGCGGGAUAAAUUUCGGCGUGAUAGCUCGUAACCCGCUAAUAUUAUCUGACGUAUGUUUUGUAUCGGCUGCUGUAUCUUUGCAGUUAUUUACACUUAGGUUUUUAAUUAUGCAGAGGAAUUGAUAUGAUUUUGAUGUCAUUGCAAUUGUAUAUUAGUUCAGAUAUGUAAUGCAGAGAUUUCUGUAAUACUGUAUCAUAUAAGUCCUUUUUUUUUCCAAAGAGGAUUGUUGUUCCUUCAUUUUGUAUUUUCCUAAUUAUUGAGUUCUCCAUUUUGUUUGUGUAGCACUCAGUGUCUGAGCUGAACAUAACCCAUGUAACUUCUUGUAUAACAUUUGCUUAUAUUGUUAAGCUGAGUGUAACUGAGUGUACUUGUUGAUACUGUGUCUGGCAAGUGUGUUUAUGGUUACUUCUCAAGUCGUUUCUCAUCAGUGUAACGUAAUGAAAAAAUAACUGAUUAAUAUCAGGUAAAUAGGAUGUAUUACUCUCACUUUGUAACACAAAACUGCAAGUAAGCCAAUAUAGAAUGGAAGGACAUUACUAUUUCUUAUUUUCACUGUCUCUUUUUGCUCUUAUCCCUUCCCCUUUGUACAACUAGACUGUUUUUGAUCUAUGAAGCACAUCCAGUAUAUCCCUUUUUCUAAAACGUGCGUUUGCCAAGUGAUUUGACGUAAUGUAUCCCAUGACAUAAUUGUUAUCCUUGUCUGAUGGCCAUGUGAGUAGAGAAGAAAUCCAGAUUUGUCAAAAGACAGAUUAAGUUUACUUUGACUGGAGUUCUUUUUUAUCUUCCCACAAGGCCUUCAUGAAGGAGCUAAUGGUGGGUUAAAAACAAUGGAAACUUGAAAUGCUUUAAGGCUUGUUUACAAAGUAUGUCCUCAUAGACAGUGGACCUUAAAGCAAAUGUUGGUUAGAAUUGUUUUUGAUUAGCCUUUGUGGAUUGCACUGUGGCAAGGACGAUCAUGAACCAAUUUUAAAUAUUGUACAUCUUCUAGUUCUUUAAUGUAAAGUGUCUAAAUUGGCUUGACUGCCUUGCCUCAGUGAUGAGAACGGAGCAGAAAGUGGGAAUUCCCAGGAUCAUUGUUCUGCUGUCAGCUUGGAUGACUUCUAAGUUAUCCUCAUCGUGUCCAGUGGAAAAUUUUGGGGUCACUGACAGGUCCAAGAAUGAGACCAAAAGAGUCUGAAGGUUAGCUUCAAGAAAUUUCUUGGUCUCAUUUUUUUAUACAUUUUGUUCAAGUGUCCCUGGAAGUGUGUUAAGAUGAAAGCCCCUAAAGUGGAACUUUCUGAAAACAGCUGUCUUGGGAAAAGUUUGGGACAAAGUGACAUCUAUUGUUCAUUUAGUGACAUCUGUUACUGUCUUACUGGAUACGUUUUUAUCACAGUUAUCAAAAUGAAAAUCAUUCAAUUAACUUCGUCUGUAACUGCUUAUUAGACCUUAUGGAUAUUGUGAUAUCACAUGUGCACAUAGUAUCAAAUAUGAGACAUGUACUAUUAGCAGAAGUGAUGAGGUGAAUGUACACAAGUUUUGUGGUUAUAUAACCACCUGCAGACUUAAAUACAUAAUGAUUAUAAUUUAUAACUAAUGUUUUACUAACUAGGCUUUCUGAUGGAGAAUAUAUUUAUCAGGGGAGUGAAUAGGUUGGACAGUUAUUUCUAAGAAACUACAAUGAUUUAAGAAAUCAAAUGCUUAAGAAACUGCCUAUGUCACAGUGAAUGACUAUGUUGGUCAUGAAUUUCUAUUAGUGAUGCUUCUGUUUGUUAGUCGUGUGUAAGAGUUUGUAAUUUGUAUGUCCAGUUAGACUGUCAGAUGUAUGUAUGUUUAUGUGUGUGUGGUUGUGUGCGAAAUGUUCUUAAUACAUCUCAGUUUUAUGUUAUGCUCAAAAUGAGUCCCUAAUGAUAUAUCCUUGCACAAGUGAUACCAAAAUGCCCUUCGGUCUUAUAAAGUGACCGACCAUUUAUAGACACAGAGCCCCACCACCAAGCAUCAUGUGGGGUAGUCCUCAUUAUAUAAAGAUGAAAGGUGUUCAGAAUUUUUUUUUAACUGUGAUUCAUUAUUCAUUCUUAUUUUCAGUCACGUGAAGCUGUAGAGCAUUGCAUAGAAGUGUAGUCUAAUAAAAACUGAAAAUUAA